AUGUACAAGCCGGUCUGCUGCUAUGCCUGCCACGACUCCCUGUCGUCUCUAUACCUCAAUUGCACCACAUUUGUGCCCAGCGAUGAUGGCGACUCCGACGGCACUGACAUGAAAAUCAAGAUCAAGCUGCGAAAACGCAUGGAUAUGGGUGGCGGCGACGAAACGGAAAUCGCCACCACCACCGACGAAUGCCGCUCCUCGAACCCGGCAUGGCUCCAAACCUUUGCCUGUUGCGUUUCUGACCGGUGUACCCAAGCCGGCGUCUCCGCUGACCGACAGGACCAGUGUUUCGCAGAUCUCGCGGCUGGAGGUCUCGUCGUUCCCAGCCUGCGUGAGGCCCUUCCGCAGCAAGCUCCGGUGGACGAGGUGGCCGAGGACGCCGGCUGGCUGAACACCACCAGCCUGGUCAACAGCAAACUCUGGGCCACGAACGAAAACACGCUGGCCAAGUUUGAGUAUUCGGAAGACAUGCAUACGACAUACUCGCUGGUCGUUUGGCUCGUCACCAUCGGCGUCUGCGUCGCUGUCAGCGGCUAUACAUUCAUCGCGCGCCACAUCUUCCUCCAACUCCCUCUCCCACGCCAGGUUUCGCGCGCCAGGGUCAUUGUCAUCAGGAAGAUUCGACAACACCUCCUUCUGCCCGCCCUGUUCCGAAGCCGUCACCUGAGCCCGCUCCCCUACAACGUCGGCUACCUCCCUGGUCGGGCAUUGUCUCUUUUCAUCGCACUGUACGUCACUCUCAACAUCAUCUUCUGCUGUGUCUCGUACCCGCUCGCCUCGCCGAACAGCUGGUACUCCACGGACCGCGACCAAGUGGCGGCGUACGUGGGGAACCGGACGGGCGUGCUCAGCUUUGCGAAUCUCGCCUUGGCCAUUUUGUUUGCCGGGAGGAACAACCUCCUCAUCUCUCUGACGGGAUGGUCGCAGACCACGUUUUUGACACUCCAUCGCUGGGCCUCGCGCGUUGCCACCGUCCAAGCUGUCGUCCACUCCAUCAUCUACACCGUCACUUAUUUCUGGGACGGCGGCGCCGCAGCAUACUACGCCGAAGCCGCCCAGGCGUAUUACUGGUGGGGGAUCAUCGCCACCGUCUCUCUGGCGCUCAUGGUAGGCCUCACCGUCCUACCCAUCAGGCUGGCUUUGUAUGAGCUUUUCCUGGUCACGCACAUCAUCCUGGCCAUCCUUGCGCUCGUAGGGUGCUGGUACCAUAUCGACCUCCGCUUUAGCAAAAACUGGGGCUAUGAGGUCUGGCUGUAUCUGUGCUUUGCCUUCUGGGCCUUUGACCGACUGGCGCGAAUUGUCCGGGUGGCCCUCUUCAAUCGUUGGGAUUGGAUUGGUCUUGGGUUGAUCAAGGGCAGGGGCGGCAAUAUUGCUCCGUCGGCUGAGGUGGAGAGGAUACCAAACACAGAUAUUGUUCAGUUGACUCUGUUUCCAGGGCGUUGGUGGGCGUCGGCCAUCAGACCCGGCAUGCACACCUUCUUGUAUUUUCCCAUGUCGGCCAAGUUCUGGGAGAGCCAUCCGUUCACGAUUGCCGAUUGGGGAUUCAUGAACGACGAGAAUGAGAAUGAGGACGAGAAAGAGUGUGGAACCCAGAGCCAUGGAAGAGCAGGUCCAGUUUUAAUCUCCGACAAGAACAUUGGCGAGGUCAAGGUGGUUGCGGGCAAAAGCAAAAGCACCACCAAAUUGACCAUCCAGCACACAGGCGAGCGUAGGUUCUAUCUACGAUUCCUCCUGCGUGUGCGGAAUGGGAGCACAAGAUCCCUUCUCAAUACCCUGACGCCAACGCCAGUACAUGUUGAAGGUGGACAAGUGACGCUAUCUCGCGACUCCUCUCGACCGGUCCCGCGCCCGAGCCACCAAGUCUUGACCGAAGGUCCCUACGCCGGCCACAUGCAGACGCUGUCGACGCUCGUCACCGCCGACACGGUGUUAUGCAUUGCCGGCGGGAUCGGAGUUACUUUCACACUGGGGUUCAUCAAGGAGUAUCUCACAUCGGCGCUGCAGGGGUCGGGGUCAUCGGACGAGGGUCCUUGCAUUGAACCCAUACCCGACAUUGGCAUAGAGUCUAUGUCUGGCAGUGGCAGGACAGGAAGGCGGCUUAUGCAACGAACUACACGCUUCGUUGUGGCAUGGUCGGCGCGAGAGGAGGGACUCAUUAGAAGCGUGGAGGGACUCAUUAGAAGCGUGGAGGCUAUGCUCGAUGCCACGGUCGCCCAACUUGAAGACCAGCAGCUUUCAUCUAGAAGGAUCGAGUUCAACGUCUGGUUAACAGGGGAGGGGAAGGGGGGGACUAAACCAGACGGACAACGACAACGAGAACCAGAUGAAGGAGAUGGAGGAGCAGAACGACAAAGAGAGGUGGAAAGAGAACGACACGGACACCGAGACAUACAAGGAGAAAAAGCCCCACCCUCUAAGCCAUAUACCUCCACUACUACUACUAUCACCAAGACCGUCACACGCAGCAACCCCAUGCCCAUCGCCGACGUCAUCGCCUCUACUCUGGAAGUCGGCCGGCGCACAGCUGUGCUGGUAUGUGCGCCUGGUGGCAUGGCGGAUGUGGCGAGGAGAUGUGUGGUGGACGCCACUGGGCGAGGAUUCAACGUGGAUCUUGUGGAGGAGGCGUUUGCUUGGUAG